AUGUCCUACUCCAAGGAACUCCAAGUUGCCGAAUUGGCCGUCCAGCGCGCUACUCUCCUGACCAAGCGCGUCUUCCAGGAGAAGGCCAAGGGGACCGUCUCCAAAGACGACAAGUCCCCCGUCACCAUUGGCGACUUCGGCGCCCAAGCCCUCAUCAUCAAUGCCAUCCACGCCAACUUCCCCGAUGAUGAGAUUGUGGGCGAGGAAGAGGCCAGCACGCUCCGGGAGAACACCGAAUUGCGCUCGCAGAUCUGGGACCUGGUUCAAAAGUCCAGCCUCAACCACGACGAGUCUGAGAAGAUCCUCGGCGGCCCUCUGAAGAGCCAAGAUGCCAUGUGCGAUGCCAUCGACCUUGGCCGGAGUGCUGGUGGCUCCAAGGGGAGGAUCUGGGCAUUGGACCCCAUCGACGGCACCAAGGGCUUCCUGAGAGGAGGCCAAUACGCCGUGUGCCUUGCUCUUAUGGUCGACGGCCAAGUCAAGGUUGGCGUUCUGGGUUGCCCGAACCUGCCAUUGGAUGACUCGCAGGCUCUGGAUGCCGGUAUCGGUGCGGACCAGACCAGCGAGGGCAGGGGCGUGAUGUUUAGCGCUGUCGAGGGCCAGGGCGCAAAGGCUCGUCCCAUGAGCGAAGGCGCGCUUCAAUCCAGCCAUGCCAUCUCCAUGAAGGCCCUGUCCGAUAUCUCGCAAGCCACUUUCUGCGAAAGCGUUGAGGCUGGACACUCUUCGCACGGCGAUCAGGCGACCAUUGCACAGAAGCUGGGCAUCACCAAAGAGAGCGUCAGGAUGGAUUCGCAAGCCAAGUAUGCCUCAAUUGCUCGCGGUGCUGGCGACAUCUACCUUCGCCUGCCCGUCAAGAAGGGAUACGAAGAAAAGAUUUGGGAUCACGCGGCCGGUGACCUCAUCGUCAGAGAAGCUGGCGGUCAAGUCACUGACGCCAAUGGCAAGAGGCUGGAUUUCAGCAUCGGCAGGACGCUGAGGGACAACUCUGGUGUUGUUGCUGCGCCCAAGGCGGUUCACGACCAAGUCAUUGCGGUCGUCAAAGAAGUUCUUGCGAACAAAGCGCAGUAA